GAAAAAAAAAAUAACUAAAUGAAACUUAUACACCUCAAAAUUUCCAGUUGCGGGACACGACCGGUAACCCUCGUUCACACGAACGCUUCUGGUCCCCUGCUGAGUGAUGACAGAAGUCUCCCUCUUGUCACCACAAACUGAUAGGGCUCAGGAUGGCCACACACUACACCACUCCUCUAGUAGACAGGCACACACUGGUGAAGAUGGCUGCGGCUACGGUCCUUAAGCAUCACCGUGAAACUCCUGCAACACACCCAUGGUGCACUCUAAUCAUCCAACGCUUUGCCCAACAAUAUCUUCACACUGAAAUACACUAUCACAUACCUACUAUGCUGACAAAGCCACACAAUCCAGAUCUCUAAAACAACGCCUUAAGGGUUGAUUCACACUGGCGUUCCGGUCACGUUCCGUUCUCGCUCCGAUCACGGUACGGUCGAAUAUUGUCUCAUUAAUUUCAGUGCAAGCAUUCACACUGGCGUUCACGCUCCGCUCUCGCUCCGAUCACGGUCCGGUCACGGUUCCUUCAAAAGAUAUUUUGACCGGAGCGAGACCGACACGUGAACGGAACUUGAUCGCCAGUGUGAACGUUGCCCACGGUCCUGCACCGAUCCUGUUCCACUCCAGUCGAGUGUCAGCCUUCAUUUAAGUAAGUAGUGUUGCAUUUUGGUCCUACCAAAUCAUGGAUAAUCCAAAGAAAACACUACAAUGGGAUCAUGCAAAAGAUGAAAUGCUAAUAGAAUUAGUCAAAGGUAAACCAGAGCUGUAUGACCUGACUUCGCUGCACUACAGUGACAACGUGGCGAAAAGAAGAAGCUGGGUCGAAAUAAGCAGGCAGAUGGGAUGUGAAGGGUCUAAGUGUAAGGAACGCUGGGAAUCCCUGCGAGCACAGUAUCGUAAACACAAAAAUAAGAAAACAAAGAGUGGGCAGGCUGCUGAUGGCUUCCAGAAAUGGAAGUUUGAGGAUCAAAUGUCGUUUUUGUUGGCAUUUACGAAGGACAGAACACGAGUUACAUCUCUGGAAAAGACUGAAAAUGAAGCAGAAGAUUCAGAUAAUUCAGAACACGAUGACACACAUGAAAGAGCACUAGGCGACGAGGCUAGUGGUGUUGCACCAGAUAGCCCUACACUCCCUCAGCAAGAGCGUCUCACGCGUAAAAGAAAGACACAGGAAAAUAACAGUGCAUCUGCUACACUUAUGAAAUACUUAGUAGAUAAGAAGAAGGAAGAACAUGCCCCACAAAUAAUAGAUACUUUCUUUUCAUUGAUGUCAAAUACUGUCAAGAAAUUCACUCCAGCUGAUCAGCAUUAUAUUAAAACAAAAGUGUUUUUAUUAGUAAGUGAAAUGGAAGAAAAGUACAUUCAUUACCAGAGUGAACAGGCAUACGCACAGUAUGUAUGCCUGCAGCAUCACCUGCUGUGUCGCAGUACUCCACUUCAUCAUCUGCAAGUCCUCAACCUAUACAACAAUUUCAUCAAGCAACACGGAGUCAGGAGAACACCCACGGGGUGCCAUCACCUCCGCAGCCUGCAUGCACUUCACAGUGGUUUAACCAACAUGAUCCUUCUUCUUUCUCUUCAUAAUUAUUGUAGCCUACAGUCAAUGUAACAACAAAAGGAAUAAUAAAUGAUGAUUAUCUGUGCCCUUUAUCUUGUGUUUGAGCCUUACAGCAAAAUAAAUCCGAGUCACAUCUUUUCUUUACCUUACCUUAGACACACAGCCAGUUUUUCUCUUGGAGUGAGUGCUUCUCUGAAUGGUGUAUUUUUUUUUUUUCAGGUCAACCUCAAUUUUCGAUAGAAUUUUUUCAAAUGUCGCUUUGUUCAUUCUGAAGUAGCUAUGGAAUUUACUUUCAUCAUCAACAAGAUGAGGAUACAGAGUAUUAUAUUCGCCCUCAGUCUUCCUAUCUUGCAACAUAAGAUGAACCCACAAUCUCUUUCUUUUUCUGUUUUUUUUUUUUUUCUUCCUCUUCCUCAUCAAGUGCAACGGCGAUCAUUGCCAACUCAGUGUCCGAAAAGUCACACAUCCUUCGUAACUGAUGGUCAGACUAUACUGGUGUCGAGGAAGGGGGAAUGAGUGAACCGUGAACGGAGCGAGAGCAGACCGUAGGUGUGAAUACCCCAGUACCGUGACCGUACCGUGAUCGGAGCGAGAACGGAGCGUGACGGGAACGCUAGUGUGAACCAACCCUAAGUGUCCGCGUUCCGCGCCAAAAUUCCUCUCGUUCCAAAACAAACACUUCCCAUCAAACCCCACACUAAGCAGCUGAACAUCGCGAUGCGUCUAGCUCCGCCUAACUCCUCACAUAUCAGUAAAACAGUGACAUUACUUCACUUGGUUAUAUAGUUUGUUCACACACUCACAGCACUGAAUUCAACAGAGAUACACCGGCAGGCUUGCUUGGUAGUACUACUGCCGCACGGCCAGCCGGCUGCUAACUGCUUCGUGACGGUGCCGCCGGCAACAGCAGUGGAUGUAGACAUAUCGUCAGCACCUCGUGAUCAGUCUGUACUAGGUGGCGACAUCUCAACAAGUGCAAAACAAUGAAAAUUUCCACCAUGGAAGUUUUCUACACUACAUGAAUAAAAGUCCUACCUGUUGCUAUCUGGGGUACCUGGGUACAUCGCUCGGUCACCUGCCACGAGCGUCCUCGCGAGAGACAAGUCUAGAGACACGUACCUAUCCGUGUCAUACACUGGUGUCGUGGCCUGCUUCCUGUAGAGACUAGCUUUAAGGAAUUUAUACAAAACCGAAAUUCGUCUAAGGAGGCAGUACAGGGGAAUCAUUAAAACCAGCGUUAUGACAAGUGGUAUGAUGAAGGAAGAAUAAUGAGUGUGAGGCUGUUAGAACAUAAAGGAUCAUGGACAGCUGUUUCUAACUCUGAGAAAUUUACAAAAGAUAGUUGAGAAAUAGAGUUGGUGCAUACUUUACAGUGGAAAUAUUCAUUUUCCAUGUAUAGAUUUUUUUGAAAAUCUUUGGCAUAAAAAAUAAAACCCUGGUGUAGUAUUUCAGAAUCAGUAGUCACCUUGUUUUGGUAUGAAAAAGUGUCCUGACGCCGUGGAAGAAUGACGACCCUUCGCACAUUUCAUAGAGACGGGCAUGGGUUCAGGAAAGAAGUAAUGACGACUCAUGAGGCUUUUUUGAAAGUAAGAUGUUGGGAGCUAAAUGGGAAUAAGAGGACAGAGACAAACUCCUCCAAGCGACCUUAUGUAUCAGUGAUUGAUCGCACACGUCGGUUUUCGUUAAUGGUACAAAGGCAAAAAGUGAAGCCGGACAAAAAUAAAGGCCUACUUGUUCUGUUUUACAAUCAAAAAGAUCGUGAGGAUCCCCGACAGAGUAUUAGAGACCGUCAGCGUCUUCAAGGACGAGUGACCGUGGGAGGUUUAAAGUUAUGAUGGUAGUAUUUACUGUUAAAGGGAAAGGUUCAAUGUGAUAACCAUUGUAGACCCUAUGUGAUCGAAAAGGAACAUGGACGACAAUUGCAUCUGAAACGAGCAUGGAACUAAGGAGUGGUUAGUAAUGAAGGACAUUUGCUCCAGUAAAUAUAGGUAAAAGGGAGAAAUUACCCUGUGCCAAAGUUAGGACAUGCAGUAAAUUCUUAACUGGCAAAAGCGAAGAAGUAACUCUAGCACGGGAAGCAUUUACCACAUUCCUGAGAAUUAAUUCAUUAGUAUGCACGACAGAGGUAACAGAGGUUUCCAAAGCAGAAAGUAAUAAGGAAACUUUGUGAAAAGCAUACUGCUCGUGUAAUCUAACAAAAGCUUCACUAGGGAAGUCCGAAAUUGGUUAGAGUAAUUAAGCAAGCAUGUAUAUUAUGGUCUAAGCGUUCAAUAUUCUUGCAAUUUAAUUGAACCAUUUUAUUUGUUGACAUAGCUGUUGCAACCAAUUCGGUAUAACGAUGAUCAGAGAGGGGAAGAGGAAGAGAAGGAGUAGGAGAAACAUCGCUGAAACACACGAAAAGGAAUUUUUAAGCAAGUUGGUUAGUACGAUUUCGCAGGUUGUAGUUAUGGGUAUGUGUAGGAAAAUCAAGACACACGGCUUGCGCAAGGGAAGUAGCUUCGGCUAAACUCCUGUUCACCUUAGUGUUGGUCUGUUUAAGUCUGUCAUUCUACCUUAUUAGACACUGGGUCAAAAACUUCAAAUUUAUUGCCAAGGAGGCGUUUAAGUACUAGACGAGGCCCUUCAAAUUUAGGAGAUAAUUUAGAACGUCUCUUGGGGGCCUGAAUCAUUACUGAGUCAUCUGGUUGUAGCUCUACUCGAGAAGCAUGUCUAUGUUGUUUGACAGCUGUGGCCGUUUUUGAGUCUUGAAGUCGUGUUUUCACCUCCCUAUGGAUGUCUGAGAUUGAGGUUUGUCGAGAAGAUCAUACGGAAGACUCAGGCUCUUGUCCAUUGGAGGAGGCAGUAG